UCUCGCGAGGCCUGGACGUCACAUUCUGAACCAGAAGACACAUUUAUUAUUUAUUAUUACACAUUUGAACGCCGGAUCAGCUGCUGGGUACGCUCAGUUUUCGUCUAUCGUCAGAGAUCCUACCAAGGCUUCCAGCAUCAUAAUGGCACACGGGGUAUACGACCAGCUCUACUCCCAGGAUUUCUCCGUCGUGCCAGAUGAGUACGCUGUGCAGCCCGGAUACGACGAGGCCGGUGGAUCUCCCGAAGUCUACCCUGGAGCGCAAUCGGAACUCUCCCAGCAGGAUCAAAUUUGGGCACACCCUCACACCGAGAAAAGGGAUGACAAUAACAUCGCCAGCAUCACCUUUGGUGUCUGCAUCCUCCUGCUGAUAGCGACUCUUUUGAUCUACCUUGUACUUGCUGUGUCCACCGGACCCAGAGACACUGGAGUUAGCGAAGGCGGAGGCAGCGGCAUGGGUUCAGCAGAUGGAAGUGAUGCCGACGGCAGUGAUUAUGGGUACCUAGACCCACCGUCAGCCACGACCACCGUGGAGACCCCCACGAAGACAACGACAGAAAGUACCGCAGAAAGUACCGCAGAAAGUACCGCAGAAAGUACCGCAGAAAGUACCGCAGAAAGUACCACUGAAAGUACCACUGAAAGUACCACUGAAAGUACCACUGAAAGUACCACAGAAAGUACCACAGAAAGUACGACGACCGCAACGACGACGUACGAUCCAUUCAUCUACCAACCGCUUCUUUGCACCGCCGGUGAACGUGCACUGCGAAGGAACGCGUACCCAGUUUCCGGCAUCUGCGACAUUAUCAUCUUCACGCAUGUGAGCGUCGCAAACAGCAUACUUAGCUCCCCCAAUGGUUUAACCGCCUUCCAGACCUUCAAAAAUGUCGCAGCGACACGGUCGGAAGAUAGAUUCGCAGUUUCCUUUGACUCGAGGCACAUGAACGGAACUGAAUUUGAAGGCGUGAACGGCCGGGAGCUCGUGCGGCUAGCGUUUGCUUCUAAUAUCAAGCACUUCGCCGCUCUGUCAGUUCCAGUCAAUUACGCUGCAUUGGAGCCUUUUGAUGUAAUCAAACCGGCUAUGGAGAUCGUUAAGGAGAACCAGGAUCAGUUGAGCACAGCAUGGAGCUACCGUGUAUUAGGACUGAAGAUGUUUAACUACGACGAGCCUGGAUUCACAACUAAAUACAAGGACGCAUUCGUGGCAACCAUUAAUAGCAUCAUUGGGAGGUGGGAGAUCAACAUCUUUGUCAUGGAGACAGCCAUCAACGAUAGCGUGCCGGACUGCAGAAAUUUCCCGACCUCAAUGUGGAGCGACCCCUAUCAGACGUAUCAACCCUCAUUUGUCAAAGGAAUCGCCGUGUUAAAUGGCGUAUCUAUACCCGAGAACAUCACCGUGGCCUUUGCCUUCACGAUGGGGGUCCGUGCCUUCCGGUUUCUGAACAGUCUACCAGCCAACGAAUCGCGCAUAAAUCUCGCCUGCUUGAGAAGCGACGUUGUAUCGUACUCUCAACUCUGCGGUGCCGCAGGACAGGAUAAAGUGUGUUCCGUACGCUUGCAAGAAAUGCUGGCAUGUUCUUUCCCGUCUCAGCAGCUCAUGUACACCUUUGAAGACGCAGACACACUAAAGGAUAAGGCCAUGUGCGCCUUACAGAAGUACGGCCAGCGAAAUAUGGGUUUCCUUCUAUACGACAGCGAGUUGGACUACGAGACCGUCCCCGCCUCAUCAUCCGCUUGUCCUGGACACGCAAGUGCCUUUGCACGUAUGAAUCAUGUCAGGGCUAUUGUUGAUCUGUUCAAAAAUAAUAGCUUGCCGUCCGGCUUCGAUUACUCAAUCUGCGUCGAUUGAGCUUGAUAAUAAAGUGUGUCUCUGGACAACAAA